AUGUCAGAAGAUUUAGAAAAGAAGGUUUUAGAACGGGUUUCGGUGAAAGGGAAGCAGAAAGUGGAGAAUGGUGAGGGAAAGAUUGGAAAUGUGAUAGUUGUGUCGAACAGGUUGCCUGUGACAAUUACGAAGAAUAGUGAUACACACAAAUAUGAAUAUUGUAUGUCGUCGGGGGGGUUGGUCACUGCUUUGCAAGGGUUGAAGAAGUCUACGAAGUUCCAAUGGUAUGGGUGGCCUGGGCUUGAAAUUCCAGAGGCCGAUAAAGAGGAGGUGAAGAAGGACCUUUUGGAGAAGUUUAAUGCAAUUCCUAUAUUUCUAAGUGAUGAACUUGCAGAUUUGCACUAUAAUGGAUUCAGCAAUUCUAUUUUAUGGCCUUUGUUUCACUAUCAUCCUGGGGAGAUCAAUUUUGAUGAGAACGCAUGGUUGGCAUAUAACGAAGCAAAUUUAUCUUUUUCGAGGGAAAUUCAGAAGAAUAUCAGGGAUAACGAUAUUGUUUGGGUGCAUGAUUACCAUUUGAUGUUAUUGCCUGAGAUGGUUCGGAACUAUAUCAGUACUACGAAACUCCAGAAUGUGAAAGUUGGAUGGUUUUUGCAUACACCAUUUCCCUCUUCGGAGAUUUACAGAAUCCUUCCAGUGAGACAAGAGAUUUUGAAAGGAGUUUUGAGCUGUGACUUGGUUGGGUUUCAUACUUAUGAUUAUGCCCGCCACUUUUUGUCAUCUGUUCAAAGAAUUUUGAAUGUUAAUACGUUACCAAAUGGGGUUGAAUUCCAAGGAAGGUUUGUGAACGUUGGUGCUUUCCCCAUUGGCAUUGACGUUGAUAAUUUUACAGAGGGCCUUAAGCAAGAUUCCGUUCUUCAAAGAGUAAAGGAACUGAAGCAGACUUUUAAAGAUUGUAAGAUUAUCGUUGGUGUUGAUAGGUUGGACUAUAUAAAAGGUGUUCCUCACAAGUUACACGCCAUCGAAGUAUUCCUGAAUGAGCAUCCAGAGUGGAUUGGAAAGGUUGUUUUGGUGCAAGUUGCCGUUCCAAGUCGCGGGCAUGUUGAAGAGUACCAGUAUCUAAGGUCCGUUGUUAACGAAUUAGUCGGAAGAAUUAAUGGUCAGUUUGGCACUGUUGAGUUUGUUCCAAUUCACUUUAUGCAUAAAUCUGUCCCAUUUGAGGAAUUAAUAUCUCUCUAUUCUGUAAGUGAUGUGUGUUUGGUGUCUUCAACCCGUGAUGGUAUGAACUUAGUAUCCUAUGAAUACAUUGCUUGUCAGGCAGAGAAGAAGGGCUCAUUAAUUCUAAGUGAAUUCACUGGUGCUGCACAAUCUUUGAAUGGAGCCUUGAUAGUCAAUCCGUGGAGCGCAGAUGAGUUUGCAGAGGCAAUCCAUGAGUCUUUAACUUUGCCAUAUGAAAAAAGAGAAGCUAAUUGGGAAAAGCUCUACAAAUAUAUCUCUAAGUACACCAGUGGUUAUUGGGGGGAAAACUUUGUCCAGGAACUAUAUAAGAUCAGUUCCCAAAGGUAA